UCAUCAUCCAUCUCCCUUCUUCAUCUCCUCAUCUUGGAAAUCCAUAUCGUAGACCGCAAUAUGACUGUGUCAGCUAAUCCUGAUCUAUUUCCGACCGCCGACCAAUCUUUAGAUGGGCACACGGAUGCUGUUUACAACAUGACUUUAACAAACUCCUAUCUAAUCACCUGUUCAAGAGACACAACCUUGCGGAUUUGGUCGCUUGAGACGAGGAAACUGGUACAUCCGCCGCUUCAAGGCCAUACAAAGUCUGUCCUCGCUGUUGCUGCAUGUGUAUCGUCGGGCUUCUUCGUCAGCGCUGGCGUUGACGGGAGACUUAUAGCGUGGAACUUGGAGACGUUCGAGUGCCGCCGCAUGGUCGACAAUGCACACACCGACAGUAUUCUAAGCAUCGCAGCAUCGGCAAGCCUUGUUGUUACGGAAGGUAAGGAUAAACUUGUCAAGAUGUGGGAAUCGAAGCGGCUCUGCGAGAUGGCAGAUUCUAAUGACCCCUUGGCGCCUAUAUUCACUCUUUCGGGUCAUAUAGCUGCUGUCAACUCGGUCGCGAUGACCGAUAAAGUUAUCAUCAGUGGCGCUGGAGAUCGAGGUAUUCGAGUAUGGGACAUUGCGACAAAAGCGUGUAUACGCACUAUCAAUGUCCAUUCCAUGGGCAUAACGCGACUUGAAAUAUGUCCCCUACAUAGAUACAUUGUGUCAAGUAGCUCUGACAACACCAUCCGAAUAUCUGACAUUGAUACAGGCGAAGAGCUUCAAUGCCUUCGAGGGCAUACAGAACUCGUGCGGUCGGUGUGCGUCGUACGUAAGACAGGCUCUACUGAUUUCGAUACCAUCGUUUCUGGGAGUUACGAUGGUAGUGUCUGGGUAUGGAGCCGAAGACGAAUGGAUGCUAAGAAAGACUCUUGGGUGGUGACAAAGCAAUACAAGAUGUCGGAUGUUCUCCCUCCUUUGGAAAACAAUGUGAAGAAUAGGGUCUUUCAAGUCUUGUCAGAUGGAACAAGAUUAUUUUGUACAAACGCGUCGUCAAGCAUCAUUGCGUGGCAAAUAUGACAGAUCCUUGAGCGAAUACAUUCGACUAUAGGAUACAGAAAGCCUGAGCGCCUCAGAAGUGAUAGCCAUAGCUAUAGAGGACCAAACCACUCACUCCCGGCUACAAGGCGACCUAAUUAAUUCGACGUGGUGCACAGCUGACG